AGCUGCUCUCAUGAGAAGGCGCCAGCUCGCUUGGUCUCAGCUGACACCGGCUUCUCACCUCCUCUCACUGUGGAAACCAUUUCCCCAUCGAGGAAGGGACUGAGCCGUUGGUGCACAUUGCCUGAGCCCUUGUGGUGACCCGAAGCUCUGCCGGCUCAUGCAAGGUGCAGCACGACACCAGCAUCAUGGUUAAAAGGUCCCCCUUGACCUCCCCAGUCGUGAAGCUUCCCAUAGCCCGAGGCUGCCUAUAAAGAGACCAGCUGCCUUAGACCCCCGGAAGGGAGCGGCAGCCUCGAGUCCCCGCCCGCCCCAGCUCUACUCGGCCACCACCUGAGCCCACUCUGCAGCCCAGCGUCAUGGAGGUCUCCAUGGCCGUCCUUGCUGUCCUGUUCUUCACGGAGGCCCUCUCCUCCCAGACCUGCUCUGCCUCCUUGGGUGCCGACAGCCCCACCGCCUGCUGCUUCUUCUACAUCUCCCGGAAGAUUCCGCGCAAAUUCGUAGAUGACUAUUAUGAGACCAGCAGCCAGUGCUCCAAACCGGCUGUCAUCUUCCAGACCAAGAGAGGCCGGCAGGUCUGUGCUGACCCCAGCCAGGCCUGGGUUCGAGCCUACAUCACCGACCUGGAGCUGAACGCCUGAGUGGCCUGGAGGCAGCGGGGAAGCGGCUCAUCUGUGGGCGGACGGGGAGUGGGGGGCGCAAACACCUGAGCCAGGGCAGUGACCCUGCAGUUCUGGAGGUCACCUCUUCUGUAGGUCCCACUCCCACACCCAGCCUCACUCUGGGACCCUUCUUAAAUUUUAGUGUAUGUAUCUCAUUUAAUUCUUGUAAUCUAUCUCAAUUUUAAAGCCGUAUUAUGCAGUGCGUGUUCUCUCUGACAUCCUUCCUCUUCACCACCCCCACUUUUUCAACUCUUCUCACGAAUAAUACAGAGAGCAACCAGCGUGGUUAGCUGUUGGGGAGAAAUUAUGCCAUAUGUAUCUCAAACAACAGCUGCUUACUGAAGGGCUUACCCAGCGUGGCUUCCAGAUGAUUGAAGGCACUUAUAUAAAAGAUAAACCUACAUUUUCCUUGUGAUGGUUUGAUGAGUUUGUUUUCUCCACUAAUCAGAAUCACAGAUGGACAGGGACCCUGGAAGAAGGGUAGAGAAAUACGAAAAGAGGCAGAAAACUCAAGAAGAGGGCAGAGCAGCUCUGCAGAUAUAGCAGGUGUUCCCCUGGAGACACUUUACUGAGAAAUUGAAACGGACACUGUUAUUUUAUAAACCAGAUCAUAAGUGAGUUGAUCCGGGAAUAUCUUGUGCCAAGACGAUACCCAUUGGUGCACAUAAAUGUAGUUGUGCCAGGCUAGCUCAGGCGCAGGUAAGGAUGCAGAGUCAAGACCCCCA